UAGAACAAAGUUUUAUAACCAAUCUAAGCUUGUUGUAGAAACCAUCAGUCUUCAUGCUGGUAUCAUACGAACUUCAAAUGCAAGAAAAUUUGAAAAACUAAGCUAUCUCGAGCUCAACAGUUUCCCUCAUCCUGCAAAUAAAUGGAAAGACGCAGUAUAUUCCGAUUUUAGAUAUUUGUUGAACGUAAAGAAGCUGCUGAGGAUAGCCCGGAGACACUUCCGACGAGUUUAAUUUCAGCAGUUCAUAUGUUCAAUGCUACAAAACUAAAGUAGAUCUAUGUGUAGAUAAAUACAAAUGCUUGAUUUUGACCCUGUUUCGUACAAACUUUUUAAGUUAUGGACUCUGAUAGCAUCAAUAGAAAGAGUAAGAAUUCAAGCAAACGUGUAAAAUUUAAGGAUGAAAAUGGAAACAGUAAGCAUUCAAGUGAAGAUAGUGGAAGCAGUAAUGAUUCAGAUGCCCUUUCAGAGGUCCUAAAUAGUAUUGAAGGAACUAUAAGUAAUGGCAAUUCUGGAAUUAUUAAGGGCUCAGGAAACAAAAAUGAUGUUGAAAUACACGAAGGGCCAAAAGAUGAAAGUGGAAGUAGUAAUCGAUCAGAAGUAGCUCAAGGGGAGAUUGAUAGGUCUAAAGGUGAUUUCUCAACUGAAAAUAUUAGCUCGCCGUCAUCUUCGUCUUCAUCAUCAUUGUCUUCACCUUCAUCUGGUUCAUCUACCGAUGAUAAGUCUCAAGCAGAUACACAAGAAUCAGGCAUAUCAGGAUUAACUUCUGGCAAGAGCUCUUCCAUAUUAAAACAAACUCAAAAUGGAUCUGCAGUUUCAAAAUCUAAUUCCCAAGUUCCCAUUGUUGCACAAGAAUCAGCAUUGACACAAUCCCCUCCAAUCCAAGUAAUGGAUAGAGGGGUUGAAGAGUAUGAUCCGUAUAGGAUUCCGUCUGCUGUCUUUUCAAUAAGUAAAUCAUCAGCACCUAUGGAUUGGAGUCUUGCUUCUAAUGACUCAUUGUUUAGCAUUAAAGUAGGGAGCACUAGUUUCGCCAGAGAUCUAAUUCAAAACAAGGAAACUGCCCGUGGUGUGGAAAAGCCAGGUGAAGUUAAGGCAUUAAUUCCAUUCCCUGCUGUUGCUCCAACGUACACAGAGAAUUUUGAAUUUGACAUAAGGAAGGAAACUGUGGUUUCAGAUGAUACUGCUAAGGAUAAAACAGCCCUUACUGCUGAAGAACCAAUUGUUGACAAGUCAAUGUCAAUUGCACCCUGGAAUCAGCCCAAUAUUUCUGAAAGUGGAAUCGGUCAAUGCUCCUUUGACUUUCCAGUAAAAAACAAAAGCAAGAAGAAGAAGUGUGCAUGGCCAUCAUGCUCCUGUUCUGGUUGUAGCUGGGCUUUCUGCUACUGUUCUAAUUAUAGCUGCGCGUUGUGCUACUGUUGGAACUGCAGCUUGAAAAGAUUCUUCUGUUGUUGUUCAGAUUCGGAAGAUGAAAGUAAUGUUUCAGAGGAAGAAAAAGUGCGGCAGAAACUACAAGAAAAGCCUAAUGUUUCAAAGAAAGAAAAAGUGCAGCAGAAACAACAAGAAAAGCCCUUGGCCUCUGCAUUGAAAUCGAAAUCAGCUUGCAGCAACUGUUGGAACUGCAGCUUGAAAAGAUUCUGCUGUUGUUGGUCAGAUUCGGAAGAUGAAAGUAAUGUUUCAGAGGAAGAAAAAGUGCAGGAGAAACUACAAGAAAAGCUUAAUGUUUCAAAGAAAGAAGAAGUGCAGCAGAAACAACAAGAAAAGCCCUUGGCCUCUGCAUUGAAAUCGAAAUCAGCUUGCAGCAGCUGUUGGAACUGCAGCUUGAAAAGAUUCUGCUGUUGUUGUUCAGAUUCGGAAGAUGAAAGUAAUGUUUCAGAGGAAGAAAAAGUGCGACAGAAACUACAAGAAAAGCCUAAUGUUUCGAAGAAAGAAGAAGUGCAGCAGAAACAACAAGAAAAGCCCUUGGCCUCUGCAUUGAAAUCGAAAUCAGCUUGCAGCAACUGUUGCUCUUGGUUCCCUUCGUGUCGAUGGCGUUGGUGUUGCUCAUUUAACCGUUGUAAAGGAAAAUGCUGUUGUUGAAAGGAACAACCAAAACUCAAGCCACUGGCCUCUUCCCAGCCGGAAAUGCCUGCCCAAAUGGUGCACUUUUGUCAUUGGAUGCUGGCACAUAAUCUGUUCAUAUUUAAUCAUCAUGCAUGGGUCAUGUCUUCAACACAAAUUCAAAGGCCCUCGUUGAAGUGAUAUAUAUAUACACACAUAUACAUAUACAUAUACAUAUACAUAUACAUACAUAGACACACACAAAUGUACUUCAAUGGAAUCUUAAGUUCCUAGACAUAUUUUCUUCUUAUGUAUAAUUAUAUGAGAAUCAGGUCCUUUUAGCUAGUGUGAAUAUAAGGGGGUGCCUAGGGACUGCUGGUGGAAAGGGAAAAUUAACCUUCCCAAGUUUAAAGUAGAGAUGACAAAAUACAAUUCAUCGGAAGUUUAGAGUAGAGAUGACAAAAUACAAUUCACCGCGGACAGUGUAGCAGGCUAAUUUUUGUUUAUGCCUGUUCCGUCCCAACUUUUAAAAAUUCUUAUUUUACUCUUUAAACUAUUCUAUGUAAUUUUUUUUUUUGGUUAUA